AUGGGUAUAAGCAGAACUCAAAAGUCCAGUAAUGGAGUUUCUACAAGAUGGGUUUCUCUCUUCUGCAUUGCCAGUUUCUUCUUGGGUGUUCUUUUUAUUAACAGGUUUUGGGCUAUACCUGAUCCAGCUGAAAUGGACGAGGAAGCUUCAUCUGUGAAGAAGGAUCAAUUAACAGCAGAUCAUCCCACAGUUAAUUGUGAGAAGCAGGAGACUGCUGUUGCUGUUCGUGCAGGAGACAUCCUUUCCCAGGUUUCUCAAACUCAUGAUGUAAUCAUGACACUGGACAAAACAAUCUCCUCACUGGAGAUGCAGCUAGCUUCAGCAAGAGCUGCAAAAGUUGUCGAUGAGGAUGGAUCUCCGAUGGUCACAAAAUCAGGAACCGAGCAUUUGAAGAAGCGACCAAAAGUUUUCUUUGUUAUGGGAAUAAUGACUGCAUUCAGCAGCAGGAAGCGAAGGGACUCGAUUAGAGAAACUUGGAUGCCCAAAGGAGAGGAGUUAAAGAAGUUGGAAACAGAGAAGGGUAUUAUAAUACGGUUCGUUAUAGGACACAGUGCAUCUCCAGGUGGUGUUUUGGAUCGUGCCAUUGAAGCUGAAGAGGAUCAAAACAAGGAUUUCCUCAGAUUGAAUCAUGUAGAAGGUUAUCAUGAAUUGUCAUCAAAAACACAAAUAUAUUUUUCAACAGCUGUUGCUACAUGGGAUGCUGACUUCUAUAUCAAAGUUGAUGAUGAUGUACACAUAAAUCUUGGCAUGGUCGGAUCUACCUUGGCCCGUCAUAGAUCAAAGCCUCGUGUUUAUAUGGGUUGUAUGAAGUCUGGACCUGUACUAGCACAGAAAGGGGUCAAGUAUCAUGAACCAGAAUAUUGGAAAUUUGGUGAGGAGGGGAACAAGUAUUUUCGGCAUGCAACAGGGCAAAUCUAUGCAAUUUCUAAAGAUUUAGCUACCUAUAUCUCAGUAAAUCGACACAUACUUCAUAGAUAUGCAAAUGAAGACGUUUCCUUGGGCUCUUGGUUUAUUGGUCUCGACGUUGAGCACAUUGAUGAUCGAAGUCUCUGCUGUGGGACUGCACCUGAUUGUGAGUGGAAAGCACAGGCUGGGAAUCCGUGUGCUGCAUCAUUUGAUUGGACCUGCAGUGGCAUCUGUAAGUCUGUGGAAAGGAUGGAGGAAGUACACCAGCGAUGUGGGGAAGGUGAUGGAGCCAUCUGGCAUACAACUGUUGGUUUAGACAACGCCAUCUGCCCAAUUUUUGCUGUCGAUGCCUCGGACAGUUGGUACAUGAUUAAAUUAAUUACUUCACAUACAGAUUGUCAAGCCAGGAAAAGAAAUAUGGUGAAAAUCUUGUAG